UUAACAGUGGGUCCUUUCUGCUGCUGUAGAACUCUGCUGGUGAAGGGUACUCCGGUAGUGAAAAAGAACCAGAUGGUGUCACGAAGGAACGGUGAUCGGCGAUGAGGAGCCCAGUCUUUUGACUGUCGCUUUCGUGGUAUCCAAUUUAAAACUACUUCUGACUUUGUCUUUCUUCAAAUUCGUUGACAAAAGAGAAAUAGUCGUUGCUGGCUCCUGAUAGAUGAGAGCCCUAUAAUAUAAUAAAGCGUCAGACUCUCAAUAUUCAAAUUCAGUUUUCCGGCCACCGGUGUUUCAACUAUCAAAGCUGGCGACCAACUCAACCUCACUACGUCUCAGCUUGUUUCCCCGGGUGGCAACUUCACGUUAGGGUUCUUUAACACCACAAACUACAGAUAUAUAGGAAUUUGGUAUACCAACGAUGAAACUUACAAAGUAUGGGUAGCCAACCCAUCCACACCGAUCAUAUCCAGCUCUGGUGUCCUCAUGAUCGAUCCAAACACCGGAAAAUUGAUCAUCGCCACUGGAGGAACAACACUUGUAAACAUAUCCGACAAUCAAUCCAGUCCUGAUUCUAAUAUUGCAGCAACUCUCCAAGACACGGGUAAUUUCCAGCUGAAAAACGAAACUGACAACCGGACUCUCUGGCAGAGUUUUGAUUAUCCAACCAACGUUCUUUUACCAGGUAUGAAACUUGGGUCGGACCUUAGAACGGGAAAGAACUGGAACUUAACUUCUUGGUUGAGCAAUGAUAUUGCUGAUUUCGGUGUUUUUACUUUGAGCUGGGAACCAACUGAUGAAGCAUCUCAGAGAUUAAUGAUUCGAAGACGAGGUCAACCCUACUGGACUAGUGGGAAUCUAAAUAAUCAAACAUUUCCAUACAUGCCAGCUUUGAAUAGUCCAUUUAGCAAAUACCAGUACAAUCUCAGUUAUGUAUACACUGACGAAGAGAGGUCCUUUAGUUUCCAUGGAAUCAAUGGCGUUCAACCCAUGUGGUUUUUGACUCCAGGUGGCCGAGUUCAAGAUGCGGAUAACUUUGCAGUUUGGACUCCUGAAUUCUGUUAUGGGUAUGAUUCGGGUGACGGGUGUGUGGCAGAUUCUAAUACGAUUGAUCAGUGUAGGGAUGAGAAUGAUAAAUUUAAUUGGUUGAAUGGGGAUUUUGCACCUAUGACGAGCAGCUCGUAUGAUGACAAUUCAAGCCUAAGUAUGAGCGAUUGUAUGGUGAGGUGCUGGAAUGAUUGUAGCUGUCUUGGGUUUACCACAAGUAGCAAUGGAACUGGUUGUAUUACAUGGACUGGAGCUAAAUCAGUCGAUAACUUUUCAAUCAGUCCAACAGGGAGUGCUGUAUUAAAGUAUGUUUUAAUUUCUCCAAUUCCGAUAAUUUCUCCGAAUCCAAGUAAAGGAAAUGCUAAAAACUGGAUCUGGGCACCCAUUGUUGCUUCCAUUAUUUUACUUCUCUUUUCUGCUGGUCUACUGUGGUAUCUAAAGAAGAAUAAGCUUAGACGAGAAGAGGAAAAGAGACAAAAGAGAGACGACGAAUAUUUCUUGGAGCUAAUAGCUUCUGACAGCUUCAAGGAUGCAAGUAAUCUUGAAAGUAAUGGCAGAAAAGGAAGUGACUUGAUGGUGUUCAGCUUUGCUACCAUAGUGACAGCCACAAACGACUUUGCAAGUGAAAAUAAGCUCGGGGAGGGUGGUUUUGGACCUGUUUAUAAGGGGAAACUUGGUGAUGAACAGGAAAUUGCAAUUAAAAGGCUUUCAAGAACAUCGGGACAAGGGCUUGUUGAAUUCAAAAAUGAACUCAUUCUUAUUGCCAAACUUCAACAUACAAAUCUUGUUCGGGUUCUAGGUUGUUGCAUCCGUGGAGAAGAAAAAAUGCUGAUUUAUGAGUACAUGCCGAACAAGAGCUUGGAUUUCUUUCUCUUUGAUGAAACAAGAAAGACACUGCUAGAGUGGCCGAAACGAUGGAACAUCAUUGAAGGGGUUGCUCAAGGGUUGCUUUACUUACAUAAAUACUCGAGAAUGCGAGUUAUUCACAGGGAUCUAAAAGCAAGUAAUGUUUUGUUGGAUGAAAGUAUGAAUCCCAAAAUUUCUGAUUUUGGUAUGGCGAGAAUCUUCAAACAAAAUGAGACCGAAGCAAUUACCAAUAGGGUGGUUGGAACAUAUGGUUACAUGUCUCCCGAGUAUGCAAUGGAAGGAACUUUCUCGGUGAAAUCUGAUGUCUUCAGCUUUGGAGUCUUAACCUUAGAAAUUGUCAGCGGAAGAAGAAAUACAAGCUUCUCCUAUCUUGACAAAACCGUCAAUCUUAUCGGAUACGCAUGGGAGCUAUGGCUAAAAGGGGAUGCAUUGGUGUUAGAGGACCCAACUCUAGCAGAUUCUCAUGUCAUACACCAAUUAUUAAGGACUAUACAUGUGGCACUUCUCUGCGUACAAGAAAACGCGUUGGAUAGACCAGAGAUGUCGGACGUGAUCUCUAUGCUUAACAAUGACACAAUGUCAUUACCUUUCCCAAAGCAGCCAGCAUUCUUCAUUGGCAGAAGUGCCUCGAAGUCAACUUCAGUUGAAAGAAAGUUAGAGGACUAUUCUGUAAACGAUAUGACCAUUACAGUAAUGAAGGCUCGAUAAUGUAUCAUAGUCAUUGUUGGCGAAUCACUAUAUUAUUACUAAAUCCUUUCUAUUGAUUUUUUUUUCUAUAGCUUUAGACGAGUUGUUGAGAUAAACACUUGGAUUUUCUAUUUGGUGCCCAAACUUGUAUCCAUAUUGAUUCGACUUUGGGGCAACCAAAAUCUUUAU